AUGCGCAGUGCCUCCGACCUCGCAAAUAUCGACUGUGCCUCAACAACGACCAUAAUGAGCGGACCACCACCACCCAAAAAACGAAAAAACGCGUCGAGCGGUGCGCCAGUCGGGGAUGCCCCCAAUGAGUUCGAGGAGGUGAUGGGGAAGAUGAAGGGGACGACGGAUCGAGAGGUGGCACUGAAAGCGGCGAAAAAAUUGAAGGCGAUGCUGCCGAAUGGCGCGAAAAUUAAGGAUUUUGUGUCGCACCGAAAGAAUUUGGAGGAUUUGGUAGCGGUCUUCACUAGGGAAACUUCUCUGUUGGGUACAUCAAUGUACCAAGAAGACCUUCACAAAUACUCUAUCAGUAUCCUUGCCAAUUGCUGUUAUACCGACAAAAGUACAUCAACUGGAACGCAGAUUCGAAAGGCUUCUCGAGGAUUUUUGGAUCAAGCAGUGGCAAGAUGCAUAGGAGGACGCCAAGAUUUCUUUGCAAGAGUUUUUGAUAAUUUUCCGAAUCUUCGAGAGCACGACGUCCAACAUCGAAAUCCGUGUCUCGAUGUGUCGCCUUAUCGGAAACCUGUGCAACAACAAAGACCUUGUCACCAGUUGGCUAUCAAGCAACACAAUUCUCUUCGAUCGGAUCGCUCUGCUUCUGGAGUCCACAAACGACAACUUGGUGACACAAUGCCUUCGAAUCUUCUUGUCUCUGUCAAAUCAUUCGUUUACUAG